AUGACGGAACAAAUGGUUACGGAGGACGGGACUCCCCUCAUUGUGAACCAGGAUGGCGCUUACUCUGCUGUUUCGUAUGCCUCGGCCACGGAUAGCGGCCAAGUGUAUCUGUCUCUUAACGAUCUUGGAAUACAGAAUGACGGUGAGGAGAUGGUCCUGAUUGCCGCCGAUGAGAACAUGGAUAUGGCGACGCUUGAGAAUCUGAUUGCAUCAGGCGCUGUCACUACCGUAACUGGAGAAGGCGGAGCCGAAUAUAUUCAAGUAAUAAUUAUUUUUCUCUUUACUAUGGCCUUAUAGCUUGGAGAUCAAGCCCUUCUCGAUGGUGCGCAACUUGUCGAACUCUCUGAUCAGAUGCAGUUUUUCGACCCCAACACCAAAACUUACUAUGGAGCUCCCGGAGGAAGUGGUUUCGUAGCAAUUGCUGGCGGCCAGCCAGGUGGCAUUACCUACCGGUGCCCAUCGUGCCCUGCAAUGUAUUCUAACGCGAACGCAUUCACAAAACACAUGCGGGAGAAGCACUUUGUGAAGGUGUAUACCUGUAGGCAGUGCGAAGAGUUCUUCGAGACACUGAGCCAAUUGUUCCUUCAUGCUCGACGAAACCACGUUGACCCGAAAAAGCCGAAACGAAACCCUGCGAACUACAAAUUUCAUUGCGACCAGUGCAAUUAUAUGACAAACAAUGGUGGUACUAUGGAGCAUCAUAAGAGGGCCCAUACGGGCGAGAAGCCUUACGUUUGUGACGUCUGCAAUAAAAGAUUUGCACAGAAGGCGAACAUGAAGACCCACAGAAACAGGCAUAUUUACCGUGACAAGAUCUUUCGUUGUGAUACGUGUAACAAAGCAUUUUCGUCUUACGACAUAUAUCUUGCCCAUCUCCGGACCCGUGAACAUGAACUUCGUGAACACUUCGCCAUGAUGGCUUCUUCUCAGGUAACUCUGGUGUAAGCAAUACAUUCUCUCCUUUAGCUGGCCUUGGAAUGCCUUGGAUGCGCUCUCACUUUUGACAGCAUAUAUAACUUGAACAAACACACGCGCAGUUGUCGCAUCGUUAGGACGCUGCAAACGAAGUUUCGCUGCCUGCCGUGUAAUGCAUAUGUAAGCGAUGUUGCAUCGCUUAAGGCUCAUGUGAAAGCCCACGAAGGGAGUCAAAUAAUAUCCUGUCCCGUUUGUGGUGAGCGCGGUUUUCCGGGCUUUAAUCAGCUAAACCACCACAUCACUCGCGCUCACGCGCUGAAGGUCAAUCGUCGCCAUGUCUGCCGUUACUGUGAAUCCACGUUUGAACUAAAGAAGGAUCUCGAUUCACAUAUACGAAGUAUGCACGCAGAAGAACGAAAUGCCCGACAGUCCAGAGGCGCAGUUGGACGUCUUAAGUGCCGUUACAGCAAUUGUGAGUUCACGACGAACUCUAUAAUGCUUCUGGAUCGUCACCAUGAUCAUCACCGUCGUCAGGAAGAGGAUGGGGAGGAUGGAACUCCGGUAACCCCCGCCAAAUACUCCAGUGUCCGCCGGAAACGUCCGCGUGGAAAGCUAGAACACUUAGGAGGUCUAUACGAUGGAGACACUUUCAUUGACGGUGACAAUGAAGAUGAUUAUGAGAUUGAGGAUGAAGUCGAUGAUGAUUUGGCCCCUGUCGAUGAUGGUGAUGGUAAGUUGUUUUUGCCUUUUUUGAUGAGAAAUGCUGAGUUUACGCUGGAGUCUUCAGUGCGACAGAAAAUUUUGCUUUUAUCGUCAGUACUACUGGAAACAUUGCAUUUUACCAUGCUAAUUUCUCUUACAUGACAGGCGUGCAGCAUUUCGUGUCACUACUUUAUUCGUUAGUGCCAGCAUGUUAAUUAUUUCACGUUCCGACUUCUUAGGUGUCACCAGGCGCACUAUCACUCUCAUUAAGUCAGCUCGCAAACCUCCCGAGCCGGUGGUAACCAAGGUGGAAUCUCUUGCCCAAGCUCCUUUGCCGCCAAAAAUCGAACCACCGACAUCCUCCGCUACAAACAGCAAUGCCGACGUUAGCAGUAGCGGUGGUGGAUCCGCCGCUACCUUAGCGGCCGCAACACCUGCAUCAAGUAGACGUCUUGCCCGGGCUCGCCGCCUCCCGGCCUGGUAUAAAGACUACGACACUGACUACAUGGCUUCCGAGGAAAAUUCCGCCAUCGAAAGAGAACGCGUGCAAGCUCAAUUGCCUCCCGGUAUUGAGCUAGACGACCCCAAUGCUACUAAUCCUAACGUCCCCACUGAGGAGUGGAAUAUUGUUGUCUACGACGACGAGGAGGACGUUGGAGGUGCAGAGGCAGAGGAUCAUGCAGAAGAUGGGGAAGUAGAGACUGCCUGA